CAGCAGCACAAGCAGCAGCCUCAGCAGCAGCACGACAGCGCCUAACGACGGGGUUAUCCUGCGAGGAGGACGUCUCUUUCUCCGACCGCGUUUUUGUCUCUGGAUAUGCCCGGACGCCGCUCUGCGCCAUGCUGAGCAGGAAGGGCUCUUGCGCGGGGAUGAUGAGCGCCGCAGCCGGAGCAGACCGCAGCAGGGUCGGGGAGAGGCUGCAGGCUGCUCUGGCCGGGCUGCAGGAGCUGCAUCUGCUGAGGGACAGACAGAGCGACAUGGUGAGCUGGGCGCUGAGGAUGGACCGAGAGGAGCCGGUCUCCUCUGUGCACGCAGGCCCGGAGGGUCCCGUGGUGAUGGGCGCUGAGGAACAGCGGCUGGAGGCGACCCUGACAGCCCUCAAGCAACAGCUGUCUCGUCUUCGGAAACAGGAUAUAGGCCUGAAGACGCACUUGCAGCAGUUGGAUCAACAGAUCAGUGAGCUGAAACUGGAUGUGAGCAAGGCCUCCACAGAGCAGCUAGAGAGUGACAGCAGGCCAAGUUCAGGCUUCUAUGAGCUCAGCGAUGGUGGCUCUUGCUCGUUGUCGAACUCCUGCACCUCUGUGUACAGCGAGUGUCUGUCAUCCUCCCAGACGAGCCUUCUUCUCGUUCCCAUGAGCCCUGCUAAUUCCCAUAUCAGCCCUCCUGUCCAAGUUGAUGUUUGCCGCCGGCGUUCUGCUGACGAGAGCACUACCCAGCCCAACCCUCCGCGGGCCACAGGCCUCCACCUGGGCAGCAGCAGGAUCCGAGCAUGCACUACAGGCACCGAGCAGGCACGACCAAGACCUGUGUCAACAGGUGAUCUUGAAAGCAUGAUGGCUCAAGGGCUGACCUACUACAAACCUGUGGAUGCAAGGAAACCAUCAAUGUGCACAAACCUGAAGACCUCCACAGUGGACCCCAAGUUCCAGACAAACCUGGUGUCCCGCAGUGGGACUGAAAUGUACCACUACCCCAGUCCCCUGCAUGCUUUGGCACUCCAAAGCCCAAUCUUUUCCCAAGGGGGCGACCCAGCCACUCCUGGACUUUUAGGGGGCCGUGGAUCACCAGCGAACAGUUCUGACACCCUCCAGAGGGCACAAAUGGGUUAUGAGAGCAAGACCCUGGGUUACAUUGACAAGCUCCUCCUCCGCAGCUUGAGCAAAAUCCAGAGUGAAACAGGCACAGACACUAUGCAGACACAGAGCGACUAUCAUAGGAGGCCCACCCAAGUUGUAACUGUGUUUCCUGAAGUGUCACAGAAAGAGGUGUCUGUGCUGCAGCCUCCUCCAGCCCAGACCACAAACACCAUCCCACUAGAGAGCGACCACAAGAGACACUGCAUGACAUACUCCAGCCAAGAGCUACCUGAUGACGCCAACCACAAACAGUCAGUGAGAGCCCCAGAGGUUUCUUACCGAUACUCCUAUCCAGCUGCCAUGAGGGCAUACAGCUCUGAUGAGGUCACCACAUCAUCCCUGAGGAAGAAUGAUAGAUCCCAAGGAGAGUACGCCAGUGUAGCAAGAAAUAAUUCAGAGAAAAGAUGUGGGGACAAUCCAGAGUCAAGGCCACAAGAGAGGAACGGCCAACGGCAAAGAUCAGCUGUGGCCCGCAGCUCCAGCACAGAGGAAAGUCAAGGCUUUGAGGCUCACACAGCUUCCCCUGAGUUUGUACAUGCCAGAUUUGUCCCUGCUGGAUCUCAGAGGGUCAAGGUGAGACAGGCAGACCGUAAAACCAAAGCUCUGAAACUGAGAAGAAAAAACAACGAGAAGCCUCGAGCAAUGAGGCAGCAACAUGGCUGUUCCUCUGGUGAAAGGGCCAGAGAGGCCACUGGUGGAACCAGGGGGGAGCAGAGAAGAUCAGGAAAAGGAAAAGUGACCCAGAAAUGCACCACCUGUCACACAGAGGAGCGCAGACAGGGCUCAGGCUCAGACUCCAGCCACUGUAGCCCGGCACUCAUGUACACCCACAAGGGCCAUUUUAAGCCACAUCCAAUUUCUGCUGCUACGAAGUCCAGCAAAAGCCGCCGACUGCAGAGCCUGGACUAUGAGCAGCCUGUAGAGCAGAGGAAGAGGAGGCAGGGGGCUGCCAAAUGGCCGUCCGAUGUGGAGGUGUUCCAGGCGUCAUGUGCUCAGCGUCAGAGGUCAAAAGAUGCCCAUGUUCAGGCACCAGGGAGCAUGCAGAUGGUCCGUAAUGUUAGUGCCAAACCAGGCCAGUGGAUGGGAGCUUCUCGAUCCUUCCAGUCCUCCCUGUCUUCUAACUCUUUCCUCCACAGUCUCAAUGCCAGAUACCCCCCAGCACCCUUCCACAUGUCCAGCCACUACCCACCCAGAUGUGAGUCUGAGUAUUCAGCCGAAUGUGCCUCACUGUUUCACUCCACCAUCGCGGAAAGCAGCGAGGGGGAGAUGAGUGAUAACACCACCAAUCGCUUUGGAGAUAGCGAGUCCAGCCAGAGCUUCCAGUCCUUCUCGGACUCUGACAGCAGCCUGUCCCUGGACGAGGAGGACCAGGUGGACAGCCAGGGGGAGGAGAGGGGUCUGGUGUGGGCCGAGGCUGCUCUGGGGCCAACCGCCGCUGGACUGCCCCUCCAGCAGCUCCCACGCCCCGAGCCAUCAGCAUGCCGCAUCAAAGCUUCCCGAGCCCUGAAGAAGAAGAUUCGUCGGUUCCAGCCUGCCUCCCUGAAGGUCAUGACCCUGGUCUAGCAAAGUCACCCCGGGCAGAAUGAGCACUGUUGGGAAAACACAGAGAGCUGCGGGAAAUGUUUUUAAAACUGUUUGGAAUUAUCUCAACUGGUCCUUCUGCACAACACCCUUAAUCAUCACUGAGAAGCAGCAAUUAAACAGGACUGCAUUUGUGCACUGAUAGUUUUGUGAAAACAAAAAAAAAGUUAAGAAAUGUCAAUGGGUGAACCUGAAAAUGUAUAAAAUGGUGCAUUGUAUAAACAUGUAUAAGACAAUUAUUACACUUAAUUUGUAGAUAUUUAUGUUGUAAUUAAAUUUUCUCAUCGCAUGUGGGUGCAUUUGACAAUUUCAUGGACAUUUCUGUCAUAUAAUUGUAUGUAACACAGAAAUAAAACCA